AUGGAGAUGUGUUGUGGAUACAUCCUUCUAUUCUUACUGGGUUUAGCUGGUUAUGCUUAUCACAAGUAUGUCAAAAGAUGCGCCAGAAGAGAACAUUUGGAAAAAAUGAUUGCAAGAAGACAGAGAGAACGAGAAGAGAGUAUUGAAAUGGCCAAGCGGGUUUCUUCCAAAAUUGACUCUGUACUAAGAGACAGGAUAGCAUCUUGGAACUUUGAGCAAUUGAGAGAUGAAUUGCAAAGAGGUACAAUCACUGCUGUGCAGGCUGUGCAAACAUAUUUCCAUCAAGGAGUUAUAGCGCAAGAAAAAACAAAUUGUGCCACACUUUUCAUGAAGGAAGCUGAACGUUGGGCUGAAGAAUGGGAUGAGAAAGCAAAGGACCCCAGUUUUAAGAAGCCAGCCUUUUUCGGAAUACCUAUCUCAGUGAAAGAAUGCGUACCUGUUAAAGGCUACGACGUCACUCGUGGCUUCGCUCAAGAUCUGUUCAAACCUUGCGAAAAUGACUCUAUCCUCAUCACUCACGUCAAAAAACUUGGAUGCAUACCUUUUGUUGAAACUAAUGUUCCCCAGUCCUUGUUGACUUACAACAGUUGCAAUCCUAUUUACGGAGCAACGAACCAUGUGCUGGAUAAAACGAGAACCACUGGUGGAUCAUCAGGAGGAGAAUCAGCUAUAUUGUCUGCUGAAGGAUCCAUAUUAGGAAUCGGUGGAGACGUUGGCGGUUCAAUCAGAAUUCCUUGUCACUUUACGGGAAUGGCUGGAAUUAAGCCAUCUCACUUACGUUUUGCUCACCGUGGUGUCACUGGAGCUGUUCCUGGACGUCCGCUCAUCAACGCCAACGAUGGACCAAUGUGCCGAGAUGUGAAAACUAACGUGGAAUUUUUAAGACAGGUUUGGGGCGAUAGUUUCCAGUCAGAUCAAGAUCCAUACUGCCCUCCUGUGAAAUUUAAUGAAAGCUUGUAUGAAGAAGGGCGCAAGUAUAAAAUUGGAUACUACGUCGACGACGGAUGGUUCACACCUGUGCCAGCGGUUCAAAGAGCCGUUCUGGAAGCGAAAGAAAUUCUGGAAAAAGCCGGUCACACUGUGGUUCCAUUCCGUCCACCUAAUGUAGCACAAAUGUUCAAAAUGUAUAUUCGAGCCCUAUGUGUGGAUGGAGGUCAAUUCGUACUGAACAAACUCUUGACAGAUAUCAUGGAGCCUACAUUAUACACACAAGCUAUGAUUUAUGCUAUUCCUAUCUGGAUUCAAAGAUUGAUCGCCAUUCCCAUAAGAUUCGUCUUCCCCCGUUUGGCUAACGUCAUGGAAGCGAUGACACUCAGCACUUUGGAACUUCGGGAAGCUUACGCAGAAAUUGAGUCAUACCGUGAUGCCUUCGUUGGACAGAUGAUGAAUGACGGAGUUGAUGCUAUACUCUGUCCACCACAGGUAAUGGUAGCCCCACCACAUGCAUCACCAUGUAAGCUCUUCUCUGCUGUCACUUACACGUGUAUCUUCAAUCUGUUAGAUUUUGGCGCAGGAGUUGUGAACGUUACGAAAGUUAAACCAGAAGACGAGGAUAAGUUGGAAAACGAGUAUCCACAAACAGAUGCUUGGUAUAAAGAAGCUAAGAGAGCAUGCAAGGAUACCGUUGGUUUCCCCGUGAACGUUCAAGUUGCGGCUGCUCCAUAUCGUGAAGAAAUUGUUCUCAGAAUUUUGAGAGAUAUCGAGAUAUCAGUUACUGGAAAAUAA